CAGUGGCGGGCUGCUUGACGCACGUCGAUAACAUGACACUUGUCACUUACAUACUGACUGAAAUUGCGUGACAAUACUAGGUCCUAUAUAUUAUAGUUGUUGAUUAAUAGCUAAGUCAUCAUUUUUAUGACUUUUCGUACUUAUUAAUAGAAAAAUGCCUAGAAACACCGGCAAAUGAAUGUUAAGUCGCAACUCUAACAGCGCAGCCAAAACUGUACCUCAAUGUAGAAUACCCAGUAUACCUAGCCUAGUAGGCUAACUAGCUAGUUUGUUGACAGACCAAAGUACUAUUAGGUACUACUGCUGCUACUACCUACCUAUUUCAUCGUUCCCGAUUCUUCGUGUUCAGUGGUGCCAAAGCGAACUUCCUCUAGCUUUCAGAAUGAAGUGUGUCAUACCCGGAAUCAACAUUAAAGUGUUUGGCAGAGCUGUCCAUUCUUUGGCAAAAAUUGGAGAUGAGUUGUAUGUAGAACCAGGACCUUCAGGCUGGGCUAAUGUACAUCAACCCCUAAACUUCGAGCUGGUAUUUCCGAAAACGUCUCCUGUAUGCCGGCGGGGUUCGGGAGUGAGCGCUGAAGCGAAAAAAAGAAUAUCUUUCAGGACAGUCAAUGCUGCACGGUCUGCUUUUGUGUGUUUCCAUUUUGGAUCUGGAUUUUUUUCAUACUAUGAUGAAGGCAUUAGUGUGCAAAAAGAGUGCAGCAUUAGUGAAGAAGCUGUGAAAUGCAAAGUAGCUAUGAAGGCUUUCUUAAAUUCUUUCAAAUCCCUAGCCACACUUGAACGAAAUGUGGAAAGGUGCAAGUUGAUUAUAGAUGGGGAAGAAGCGAGAUUGGGUGUCCAGUUGACUUGUCGAUAUGGAAUUGUCAAGACUUACAAUUUAUCCUUCAUUGAAUGUGAAACAUUGCAGGCAGUGUACAAUAAAAGUGGAUGUACCAACUAUAUUCAGAGCCAGAGUAAGGUCUGGAGUGAUGUAGUUGUCAACUUCCAGCCCAAUCAAGAAGAAGUAACGCUCUGUGUUGCUGAAGAAAAAACUAUUAUUAGGAAUUAUGUAGAUGAUGAACCCGAUCCUUUGAAAGCAAUACAUACAGUUUUGACAAUGGAAGCUGGGGAGUUUGAUGGAUAUGAUAUAUCUGCAGAAUGUGAAGUUACAUUUUGUCUGAAAGAAUUACGAGCUGUGCUGACAUUUGCUGAACCAGUUAAUUUACCAGUAUCCUCACAUUUUUCUGCUCCUGGAAGCCCAAUCAUCUUUGUAUGUGACAAUAGCCCUGUGUUUGAAGCAACUUUUGUCUUGGCUACUUUAUCUAAAAAGGCAGAUUCUCAGAUUGCCAGAAGUCAGGCUGUUAAUAGGCAGGCAUCCCAAACAACCCAGUAUCAAGCAAUAUCUGGCAUUUCAUCAUGCUUAUCACCAACUACUGUAAAACAUGGAAGCCCAGUAUUGCAUUCAAGGGGGUCUGAACACACUAGCCCCCGAAAUAAUGAAUAUAUAGAAAAAGAGCAUAAUUUCGAAGUUGGUCAUUCGUUGGUCCACGGAGAAAGCAGUCUUAGUGGGAACAAACCACCCCUGAUUGUGGUUAAUGAAAACAAAUCAUAUCUCGGACCAGAAUCCCUCAGUCUAAAUGCAUUGCAUGAGGAUAGCAAGACUCUUCCAAGCACUCCCUCCCCCCCUGCCAAGAAGGCAAAAUUCUUUAGCCGGUGUUUUGAUUCAACCUUUGAUCCAAAAUGUAUACCAGGAAUUGAUAGAAUUUUAGCCGAAGAUUCAGAUGAUGAUUCAUGAUUUGUUCAAUUUUAGUAGAAGAUUCUGACGAUGAUUCAUGAUUUGUACAAUUUUAGCUGAGGAUUCUGAUGAUGAUUCAUGAUUUGUAUAGUUUUAGCUGAAGAUUCAGAAGAUGAUUCAUGAUUUAUACAAUGUUAACUGAAGAUUCAGAUGAUGAUUCAUGAUUUGUACAAUUUUAGCUAAAGAUUAUGAUGAUGAUUCAUGAUUUGUACAAUUUUAGCCGAAGAUUCAGAUGAUGAUUCAUGAUUUGUACAAUUUUAGCCGAAGAUUCAGAUGAUGAUUCAUGAUUUGUACAAUUUUAGCAGAAGAUUCAGGUGAUGAUUCAUGAUUUGUACAAUUUUAGCUAAAGAUUCAAAUGAUGAUUCAUGAUUUAUACAAAUUUAGCUGAAGAUUCAGAUGAUGAUUCAUUAUUCAUACAAUUUUAGCUUGAAGAUUCAGAGGAUGAUUCAUGAUUUGUAAAUCUAGCAAAAACUAAUCUGGACUAUAAGGAAUCGGAGAACUUUUCUCCAGUGUACAAGAAAUAUACUAGCUCUCAUGAAGUGUUUUAAUGGUAGUAGGUGAGCUUUUAUGUCUUUCCAUUUUUUUUAUCACAGAAUCAAAAAUGUAGUUUUAUGUUAUACAGUUUAGGUACUGUGUUCUCUGGUAGAUAUUUUGUUCAUUUUUGAAAACAUAGCCAGAGUUACUUGUCAGAUUUUCCAUAUUUGGUUGCGCAUGCAUGCAUGUAUCUCAUUGUUAACCAUUUAUUUGUGUAACUUUGGUCCGUACUAUGUCAAGUCUUUUCCAGGUAGAAGUGACCUUCCUAUUUUUAACAUUUAAAAAAAAUGUUCUCAAUAGCUCAUAAAAUAAUGUACGAUGAAAAUCAUGACAGGUAUUUUGUUAAGUUGUAAAACUGCUUUAAAAUUGUCUAACCUAAGUGCUCAUUAUAAAGAUUUUUGUAUAUUCACAAGUAUAAUGUUCCAUAAGAUA